GCUCCCGCCCGCUUCCGCCGAGGCCCCCGGCAGAAGCCGCCUUUCCUCCCAGCAAUAGUCGAUGCUCUGCCGAUGGUGACCCGGUGUCGGAAGGCCCAAGUACCCUGAAGCUUUCGGACCUGCCGGGGGAACGCCCCCGCGGCGCGCCCCGCCCCGGAAACCCGCCCCCAGCUGCCUUGGCGCACUUUUAAAACAGACUCCAUUCUACUUGUUUGUUUCUCUGGGUCAGAGCCCUUCGGGGUCUAGGUUCUCUUACCCUGAGCCGGCGGCCCCUGCACAACGAUGAAGAGGACCCGCGACGAGGUGGACGCGACGCUGCAGAUCGCCAAGCUGAACACGGCCGAGCUGCUGCCCACUGUGCACUGCUUGGGCUUCGGCCCCGGGGCCAGCGCCGCCGCCGGCGACUACUGCUUGCUCCAGCUGGAGCCUGCACUGUGCCAACAGCUGGAAGCGGGACGCAGUCUUGUGAUUCGUGGUGAUAAGGAUGAACAGGCAGUGCUGUGCAGUAAAGACAAAACGUAUGACUUGAAAAUAGCAGACACUUCCAAUAUGUUGCUUUUUCUUCCUGACUGUAAAACUCCAGACCAGCUGAAGAUGGAAGAAACCCACUGUAACAUUAUUCACUCCGAGAUCUUUGGUUUUUCUAAUAAUUACUGGGAAUUAAGAAGAUGUAGACCUAAAUUAAAGAAGUUAAAGAAACUUUUGAUGGAAAAUACCUAUGAAGGACCUGAUAGUCAAAAAGAAAAGGAUUCAAAUCAAUCAAAAUAUACGACUGAAGAUUUGCUUGAUCAAAUUCAGGCAAGUGAGGAAGAAAUAACGGCCCAAUUACAAGUUCUAAAUGCCUGUGAGAUUGCAGGUUAUUGGAGGAUUCUUGAAUUUGAUUAUGAGAUGAAACUUCUGAAUCAUGUUACUCAGCUCGUGGAUUCCGAAUCUUGGUCUUUCAGUAAAGUUCCUUUGAAUACAUGCCUUCAGGAACUUGGACCAUUGGAGCCAGAGGAAAUGAUUGAACACUGUCUCAACUGUUAUGGAAAGAAAUAUUUAGAUGAAGGUGAAGUUUAUUUUGAAUUGAGUGCAGAUAAAAUAUGCAGAGCCACAGCACAAAUGCUACUUCAGAAUGCAGUGAAAUUCAAUCUCGCUGAGUUUCAAGAAGUGUGGCAACAGAGUGUUCCGGAAGGAAUGAUAACUAGGCUUGAUCAGCUUAAGGGUUUAGCCCUGGUGGAUAGACACUCAAGACCAGAAAUCAUAUUUUUGCUCAAAGUAGAUGAUUUACCUGAAGAUACUCAGGAACGUUUUAAUAGUCUAUUCUCUCUGAGGGAGAAGUGGACGGAAGAAGAUAUUGCUCCAUAUAUUCAAGAUUUGUGUGGAGAGAAGCAAACCAUUGGUUCAUUACUCACUAAAUAUUCUCGAUCUUCAAUGCAAAAUGGUGUUAAAGUUUAUAACUCAAGAAGACCCAUUUCUUAAAAAGAACAAGGCUUUUCUUUGGGACUAAAGUUGCUGGUUAUAUGAAAAAGAUAUGUUUUUUAUGUAUUUAUAUUCCAGACUUUAAAAAAUGUAGUGCUCGAGGCAUUUUUCUUCUCAUCUUAAGCAUUUUGAAACUAUUGCUCUCCUUUUUUCUUAAAUGUAAUAGGAUAUUUUGUAUCUUUCCAAUUGUUUAUAUUUUGUAUACAGUGUAAACCAGGAUAAAAGAAAAUUAUUUCCUAUAUUUAGUAUAUCUCAUCUGUAUGGGUUUAUUUAUUAGAAUGAUAAUGUUGCUUUUUUAUAUUUAAAAUUGCAUUUCUCUAAGAUUUGGCAUUCUAAUUAAUAAUAAAUUUAAAAGUUUUCAAAGAACUGAGUAGUAAGUUUCCUAGAAGAGAAUUAUUCACUUAAAUAUCAUUUCUCAAGAGAGUUCCCCUCUACUUUUAACCUUCCACCAAAACAGGAAUUCACAUGAUGCUAUCAGUUAUUUAAAUUAGUUGUUUGUAUUGAUGAAAUUGGCUUGACAAUUGCUCCUGCUCCCCUGGCUGAUGUAGAUGUGCUCUUUGGGAGGAAAGUUUGUAUACUACCUUUCUGCUUCUUUUUCUCUCAUUCUUUCCUUAACCCAAUGACGUCUCU